GUCCUAUAUAAACCACCAAGCACCCUUUUGGUAUUGCAUGCCCAAAUUGUCAUCAUCAUAACAUAACUCUUUCAAUAUUCCCAUCCAAAAAGCAUGGUAACUUCACCACCAGCCAUUCCCACCACCACCAAGGAUCGUGUUCUCAUCAUCGGAGCAACAGGUUUCAUAGGCAAGUUUGUGGCUGAGGCAAGCCUCACCUCAGAACACCCCACUUGUUUGCUUGUUCGGCCAGGACCUCUUGUCCCUUCCAAGGAUGCCAUUGUUAAAACCUUCCAAGACAAAGGUGCCAUUGUCAUUCACGGUGUGAUAAAUAACAAGGAUUUCGUGGAAAAGAUUUUGAAAGAGUAUGAAAUAGACAUUGUCAUUUCUGCUAUUGGGGCUAAGAGCUUGCUGGAUCAGCUUAUACUGGUGGAGGCCAUGAAAUCUGUUAAGACUAUUAAGAGGUUUUUGCCUUCAGAGUUUGGGCACGAUGUGGACAAAGCAGAUCCUGUGGAGCCAGGCCUAACAAUGUACAAGGAGAAGCGAUUGGUUAGGCGUGUGGUUGAGGAAUCUGGGGUUCCAUUCACCAAUAUAUGUUGCAAUUCCAUUGCUUCUUGGCCUUACCAUGACAAUUGCCACCCCUCACAGCUUCCUCCACCUUUGGAUCAAUUGCAGAUAUAUGGUCAUGGCAAUGUCAAAGCUUACUUUGUUGAUGGCAUUGAUAUUGGAAAGUUCACAAUGAAAGUUAUUGAUGAUGUAAGGACAGUGAACAAAAAUGUUCAUUUUCGACCAUCUAACAAUUGUUACAGCGUCAACGAGCUUGCUUCUUUGUGGGAAAAGAAAAUUGGUCGUACAAUCCCCAGAGUGACCAUUUCAGAAGAUGAUCUUCUAGCAGUAGCUGCAGAAAAUUGCAUACCACGAAGCAUUGUGGCAUCUUUCACUCAUGACAUAUUCAUCAAAGGUUGUCAAGUUAACUUCAACAUAGAUGGACUUGGUGAUGUUGAGAUUAGCACUCUCUAUCCUGAAGAAGCAUUCAGAAGCUUGGAGGAUUGCUUCGACGCCUUUGCUAUUAUGAUCGAUGACAAGAUUCAUAAAGGGGAAAAUAAAAUUGCCGGCACAGAGUCUGUAGUGGAAGCAGUGCCAUUCAAAGCUUCCUGUGGAGAAGAGCCACCUCCUAAAAAAUGUUCCAAAUUUGUUGUUACCAAUUACUAGGCUUUGGUGAGGAGGAAAUGUAUCUGAGUCAUUAGAUGUUGAUGUUAUUUUGAAGGCUGUUUCAUCUAAAAUGUUUUAUUGUAUUCCUAGAGUAUGAUCUUAGGUGCAACAAAUUCUGUUAGUUGUCACUCUGUUUUGGUGUCAAAUCUUCGUGUAAUUGGGUAAUAUUUUAAGAUUUACUAUUCACCGUCUUGAAGCACUGAACCUGGAA